CCUCGGAGAAAGCAAGCUUGCUGGAUUUGAGUUUGUUUUUUGCAGCUUGAACACGUCUACUUUUCGGAGAAACCCACAACGUCGUCUCGCUCAGACGUUUUUUGAUUUUGUCUUUUUUUUUGUUCAAAUACUAUAAAAUAAGUUAACGCGAUACUGCAUUUUGUUUUCGACAAUUGUCAAACAUAAGGUGGAGAGUGUUUCGGAGGGGCUGCGGGAAAGUCGACUGCAUGGAUUUAUUAUUAUUAUUAUUGUUAUUACUUUUAAAUCAUCGCUGGACGAUCGUAGCGGCUAACACAUCCACUUUGUGUGAUUAAUCCAGCCGUCUUGCCGAGGAAUAUCCCCGAGAAAGUUGCCGGGAUGGUGGUUCGGGAAACCGGGCGGUGAUUCCCCUCCUUACCUUACUGGAGGAAUAAGAGCGAUUGUUUCGGAUGGAGCACUUUCUCUGGGAUUUCACGCAGCGAGCGUGAUCCACACCGAGCCGUGGGCACUUGGAGGUGGGAUAGAGCCACAAAGACCCCUUGGCAGCACCGGACCCCCCCCCAGCCCCUACCGUGUGUGUCCACGGGAAAAUGGAUAAACUGACAGUGAUAUCAGGAUGUCUCUUCCUCGCUGCAGAAGUCUUCGCCAUCGCCAGCAUCGCGAACCCGGACUGGAUCAGCACCGGAGAGGCGGCCGGCUCUCUGACUGUCGGCCUGGUCCGACAGUGCCAGACCAUUCACGGGCGAGAUCGGACCUGCAUCCCGCCGCACAUGCCCCCGGAGUGGGUCACCACCCUUUUCUUCAUCGUGCUGGGCGUCCUCUCGCUGACCGUCACUUGCUUUCUGCUGGUCAUGUCCCACUGGCGCCGAGAGGUCAUCCGGUACGCACGCUGGAUCGCCUUCACAGGGCUGGUCCUGUUCUGUAUGGCCGCCCUCAUUUUCCCAAUCGGCUUCUACGUCAAUGAGGUUGGAGGACAGCCAUACAAGCUGCCCAACAACACCGGGGUGGGUUCCUCCUAUGUGCUCUUUGUCCUGUCCAUAUUUUUCACCAUCGUGGGCCUGCUGUUCGCCGGGAAGGUUUGCUUGCCCGGUUGACAUACUUUACGCACGGGAACACUUUGCCAUUUGGAGGCCGAAGAUGCAAACCCUCCCCCCCCCCCCCCCCCUCCCCCCCUCUUGAGAGGCUUGGCACGCCACUUCCGAUUGGAUCGGGAGCUACAGCCGUCCAUCUGUUUGUUCAGAGGGAGUGAGAGCCGUCCUGAAGGAGCGCACAUGUAGAGGAAUUUUGAAAGGAUGGAUUUAAUACGUCAGCUCAGCGCCCAGCUGUAUCAUCGACCAUCUUAAGAAGGAAAGAGAUAACCUCUAUCACCCCAUUAACGAAAACUGGGACAAGUGCGAUUGGAAGAACUGAUGUGUGAAAAUUCAGUCUGUAACAUUCGGUGACAUUGAUUUCACUUUCUUUUUUAUAUUUAUUUUUCUUGUUUUAUAAUUCUUUUUUUUUUUUUUAUGAAAAUGUCUAAUAUAUUCCAGUGUAUAGCCACCAUUAACGUGUAGAGAUCAAAUUGCCUAAAAGAGCGCUCAACCUUAAACUACGAGCAUUCAUUUGGUGCUUUAGUUGAGGAUUUUAGCGAUCAUUUUUUAUCUAAUGGGAACAAAUACCUGAAAACAGUGAAUCGCUCCUAUUCCGCUAGUAACUGACGCCCCCCCCCCCCCCCAAAAAAAGGGCCACCAAUUAGAUACAGACGUCUGCAAUAACAAAUUUGCUUAAAUCACAUUUAAUUGUAUGUAGAGGUGCAACGAUUAAUCAACAACGAAUUGAUGAUCAAACUAAUCACCUAUUUUGAUUAUCAAUUAAGCCAUCGUUUAAGGUAACAUUGUCCAAAUCCAAUAUGCUUUUACUUUGGUAAACAAUUAUGAACAUGGCAUGUUACGGACCAAACCAGUAACUGAAUUAUAAUGAAUUCAUGUUUGUGCAUUUUCUGAUAACGGCUCAUAUCUCCAAAAUCUUGUAAGUCGGUCACUUGUACCUCAAGGCACCACUGUAGUGUUACUGCUUUGACCUGAGCACAAAACUGUGAAUAUGUGACUUUUUUAGUGAAUAACAGAGGAUAACCCCCCUCCCCACAAGAAAAAAAAUCUAUGAAUAGGUGACUUUGCAAAUAACGUAGCAUGAAUAUGCAGGAGUACACUGUAUUAGAAAAAAAAAAAUUGAGCGUUUUUUUUUUUU